CUUCCGUUCUUCCUUCGUUCGCUCAAAUUUCCCGCCUCCAUUCUUCUUCUUCGACCAGCGGCGGUCGGCGACGUUCCUUUCUCAUUUCUUUUCUUUUUCUUAUGAAGCCGACAGGUGAACGAUAACGCGCCUGUCGUUUUUAUUCUCUCUAUGAUGGCAGCUAUCUAGUUUGGAGGCCAAGUUUGUAGAUUCAGCCUGCCUCUACUUCUAAUGGCUCUAUCCCUUAGGGGAAAAUCUCUAUUCUCCCGCUUGAAGACCUUACUUGCUAUUCAGGUUAGAUUUAAACACACAGCGGCUGAAACUGGCAGUGAUUUGGAGCUGGAGCGAGGAAAAUUUGAUAUUUCUAGAUGGAAGAAGUUGGAUUCAAGGACACUGGGGAUUACCCGAUCAAUGAUAUCACCUUCCUCUUACAUGGUUCUAAAGAUUCUUAAGAACGCAGGUUUUGAGGCUUACUUGGUGGGUGGAUGUGUGAGAGAUUUAAUAUUAAAUAAGGUUCCAAAAGAUUUUGAUGUGAUCACCACAGCAGCACUUAAACAGAUCAGAAAGGAGUUCAAUCGUGCUCAAAUUAUUGGACAACGUUUUCCCAUAUGUCUGGUGCAUCUAAAAGGUUCUGCUAUAGAGGUAUCCAGUUUCCAAACAGGAAAAGCUAAAGAGAAAAAAGAGUCGCUUCCUCAAAUGCCACGAGGGUUUGAUGAAAAAGACAUUCGUCUCUGGAGUGACUCUAUGAGAAGAGACUUCACAGUUAAUAGCUUAUUUUUUGAUCCGUUUGCUAACAAGGUCUAUGAUUAUUCUGGUGCAGUUAUGGAUUUGAAAUCAUUGAAGCUGCAAACAUUAAUUCCUGCACAGAUGUCAUUUGAAGAGGAUUGUGCUAGGAUCUUGAGAGGGUUGAGAAUUGCAGCGCGCAUUGGCCUAUCCAUUUCAAAGGAGAUUGAGGCUGCCAUACAUAAACUUUCUUCUUCAAUUGCAAGCUUGGCAAAGUCUAGGUUAAUGAUGGAGAUGAACUACAUGCUAUCGUAUGGUGCUGCAGAAGCAUCUAUUUGUUUGCUCUGGAGAUUCCACUUGCUUAAAACUUUGUUACCACUUCAUGAUGCACAUCUUGCUUACCAGAUCAACGGAGGGUCCGAUAUGAAUUCCCUAUUUGUGAUGAGGUUGUUCUCCAAUCUAGAUAAGUUAGUUACAUGUGAUCGACCAUGUGACUGCAUUUUAUGGGUUGCAAUAUUGUCGUUUCAUCUGUCUCUGCUUAAUAAACCUCAAGCUCCACUUGUAAUUUGGACUUUUGGGUAUCUUCUAUACAAUGACAAUUGGUCAGAAGGUGUUCAAUUUGCAAGAAAAAAGGCUGAAGGGCCUAUUAUUUCUGUAGCUGAGAUUUCAGAGAGCUCUAAUUUGAUGUCGAAUGCUGUACUUCUUGAAAAAGUUGCUCAAUUAGCAAUAACAGUGCAAAGUUCUGUAUAUGAUUUGACUGGGAUAAAUAGCUCUGGUUUGGUAUAUAUACCAAAGAACACUGCCAAACGCACUGAUGAACUCUUCAAUGUUCUGGCAGUUAAUGCCUCAACUCUUAAGAGCACAAGAAAACGUUUGAAUAUUGAUUAUGACUUGCUUGGGAAGGGCGAUAUGUCAGAGAUAAGGUUUGCUCUCGGCAGAAUCAUUUUAGAUACCAUGUCCAGUUUUCUACUACCUCAAGGUGAUGGUAAUUCCAUUAACAAGAAGACAGCAAAGUUACCAAAUUUUGAUAUUAUUCAUGACAUAAAGGGGGGGAAAUCAAGCUGCCUCGUUUUGGAGGAGCAAAAUGUGAAGAAGAAUAAGCAUCCUGUAAAACUGAAACAUGCAAAUGUAUCAAAGGGUGGAAGAAAUCAAGUACUGCAAAAUGAGGAAAAGGAUCAAACUGGUGUCAGAGAAACCGUGAAUAAGAAUCAGCAACACACAAAAUUAGAACUUGAGAGUGAAUCAAAGAUCGAAGAAAUAGAUCCUAUUAUUCAUUGUGAGAAAGAGAUGGAUCAUGAGAAGCCGAAGAAAAUUAAAGAAAACGUAAAGAAAAGUAUCAAUAAACAAGGGCUAUCCAGUCUUUUCAGAUGAAGUUAUUACAAGUUAAGGGGCAAGAAGGUUUUGUUACAGCUCAACAAGCUAAAACCCUAUUUUAUGAUUGUGGCUAGAGCUAUCCCAACAAAAGUAAGCUUUUUUUCCCCAUUUUCAAUAUUAAUGUUGUGCAAGAUUGAUUCUUAGUUAAUGGUGGUAGAGGAAGGAUACAGUUUUGUAGAGUAUGAUUGAGAUAUGAUGUUUCUUGUUUAGUUUGGUUAGAUGAAUAACAUUGUUGAAGCUAACUUUGAGGAGGUUAAUUAAUGAAAAAUGAAUAGCUUGUGCAAAAGGUGGUGUUUGGUUCUUUUA